AUGGCGCUCUCUUCUCGGUUGGCCAUAAUCGUCGGCGGCGUAGGUGGACUUGGAAGUCUCGCAGGAAAAGUCCUGCGCUCUCAGGGAGCAAGCGUAGCACUCCUGUACGCACCCUUUGAAGCCAACACCGUCCAACCAACUCUCCGCCAGGUCUUCGAGAGUGACAGUCCAGACAAUGUCAAAACAUACGAAUGCGACAUCACAUCCAAGACAUCCGUAGAUCGCGCAUUCGCAGCCAUCGACCAAGACGAUAUAGACCCUCCCUGCAUCUUGGUCAACGCAGCGGGAGUCGUCAAUCUCCACCCUCUAGAAGACUUCCCAGCCGAAGACGCACUCCGUCAUUACAUGGUCAAUCUCUACGGCCCGACUCUCACCGGCCAAGCCUUUGCCAAACUAUUCUUCGCGGCAUCUGAACGAGCACGACAAACUCAUAAACCACCCCCAAUAGGCCGUAUCGUCAACAUUGCAAGUCAAGCCGCACACGUCGCUCUAGAUCGACAUGGACCUUACUGUGCCAGCAAAGCGGGCCUGAUCGGUCUCACGAAAUGUCAGGCCAGCGAGUGGGGACCCAGGGGAUUGACGGCMAAUACCAUCAGUCCGGGACCCGUGUGGACGGAAUUGGGGAAGAGGGCUUGGGCGGAUAAGGAAGUUAGGAAGGCUUAUCAAGCUGCUGUGCCGACGGGGAAAUUUGCUGAACCGAGUGAGGUUGUGAGGAUCGUGUCGUUUCUUUGUCAGGAUGAGGCGUGUAAUAUUAAUGGGGCGGAUUUUCGACUUGAUGGGGGGUAUACUGCUAGAUAG